CUCCCUGCCCCCUUCAUCUCAUCCAACUUUCCGCUCCCAUUUCUCUCCUCCUCACUCGCUUCCUCGAACGACCAAAUGGAAGCCCUACGAAUUCUGAAGCCCUCAUCGAGAGCGAUCACUUCCCUUCUGCCCACAUCGCCAUCCUCCGCCGGACGGAAGGCGAAUUUCGGUCGUCAUGCUGCCAGAUCCGGCCGGGAGAACAACCCACCGGUGCAUCCCAACGUCCAGAUCGACCGUCCGACCUCGCCGUCGGUUCCCAAUAAGUCUCUUUCCCAGGUGGAUCGCUCCCUCUCAAAAGAGAGCCGUAGAUCGGACGCUUCAGCUGUCGGAUCUUUUGAUCCUUCGGUCAAGGUUGUUGUGAGAGUGAGGCCGGAAAAUGAACAAGAGGACAGUCAGGUGGUGCGGAACAUCUCCUCCGAUUCCUUAUCAGUUGGAGACCGUAUGUUUACGUUCGAUUCUGUUCUUGGUCCACAUUCCACGCAGGAAGAUGUAUUCAAGUUGGUUGGUGUUCCUUUGGUAAACAAUUCUUUGACUGGUUUCAACACUUCAAUAGUAUCUUAUGGACAGACUGGAAGUGGAAAAACCUACACAAUGUGGGGUCCACCGAGUGCCAUGGUUGAUGGCCAUUCCACCAAUAGCUCCUUGGGCAUAGCGCCUCGUAUCUUCCAUAUGCUGUUCUCAGAGAUUGAAAGGAAUCAAGAGAAUUCAGAAGGAAAACAAAUAAAUUAUCAAUGUCGGUGUUCAUUUCUCGAGGUAUAUAAUGAUCAGAUAAAUGACUUACUCGAUCCAACACUGAGAAACCUUCAGAAAAGAGAUGAUGCUAAAAAUGGUUUCCAUGUGGAGAAUCUUACUGAUGACUAUGUGACCACAGUUGAGGAUGUUACUCAGAUUAUAGUCAAGGGGCUCUCAAACAGAAAACUUGGUGCGACAGCUAUAAACUCUAAGAGUUCGCGUUCUCAUAUAAUAUUUACUUGCAUUAUUGAGUCCUGGUAUAAGGGAUCAUCAUCAAAUUGCUUUAGUAGUUCAAGGACUAGCAGGAUCAGCCUUGUUGAUCUUGCAGGAUUGGAUAGGGAUGAACUUGAAGGUGUUGGCAAACAUCGUAUAGGUGAAGGAAGACAUGUUAAACGGUCUCUUUCAAGGCUAGGGAAGCUAGUAAACAUUCUUGCAGAAGUCGCAAAUUCUCGAAUGGAACUGAAGAUUCCAUAUGAGGAUUCCUGCUUGACACAUUUACUGCAGGAGACACUUGGUGGCAAUGCGAAAGUUACAUUUCUUUGUACCAUUUCCCCAGAUGACAGAUGCAAGGCUGGCACAUUGAGUACGCUAAGAUUUGGAGAACGAGCAAAACAUAUACAAAACAAGGCAGUGAUAAAUGAAAUAACAGAAGAUGAUGUUAAUGGUUUGAGUGACCAGAUUCGUCAGUUAAAAGAAGAGCUCAUAAGAGCAAAAUCAUAUGAGAGCAACCGUAUUGCAGCUACUGGUGGAUACUUUAAAGGACAUAAUGCUCGUGAGAGCUUGAACCUUUUGAGGAAGAGUCUCAAUCGUUCUCUGAUUCUACCUCGCAUUGAUAUCGAUUCAGAAGAAGAAGUGGACGUUCAUGAAGUGGAUGUAAAAGUACUGUGUCAACAACUGAGCAAUCUUUGCUCGUCAUCUGAAGAUAACUUGGAGGAUAUCUUGGAAAACAAGAACUCCUUAAAUGUUAAUCUCUCUGAAGAAGGUCCAAACACUGAACUUGACAAUAGUAAAGGCACACUUAUGGGUGGCUCUGGCAAUCAUGAAUUUAAUAUUAGCUUCUGUCCAGCACAAAGUAGACUUGAUGAAGUGCAUUCUGAAAUAUGUGAGCCUCCAAAGACCAGUAAUGGCAGUUCUGUAUCUACUGAGAUUCUAGUUUGCCAAGAUGUUUCCAGUAGUCCAGGAAAUGAUCCGCUCCUACGUUCAUCUAGAAAGUCCACUCUUUCAGUCGUUCCUGGCCAGCAAUUGCCCACGCUCCAAGAGCCGACUCUAAGUUCAUCUCCUAAAAUCAAUAAUAACUUGAAGCAAAGCAUCAUGUCAUCAGGGGUUUCAGCUGAAAAGAACAAUGCAUCCGAGACCUUCAGUAAGAGUGGCCUUAUCCGAUCUUCCUUGCGGUCGAGCAAAGUCAGCCCAACCGAGUCAUUGACUGCCAGCCUUCACCGAGGGUUGCAGAUUAUAGACUAUCAUCAGCAGAAUUCAGCUGCAAAGAGUUCAUUUGCUGGCUUUUCCUUUGAGCACUUGACAACGAUUUCAUGCCAGCCAGUGGACAAGGUUGACAUCAGCAGGCAAACAUUGCCUGAGGAUGGAGGCACAGCUCCACUUUUCCUGUGUUCAGCCUGCAAGAAGGUGGUAGACGUUAAUGGCGUCAAAUCAGUUAACUCAGAUAUGCAGAUUGUGCCAUUCAAUAAAGGAGGCACUACUAAGGAUGAUGAUAAAUUUUCUGGAAGCACUGCCAGGAGGGAGAUGGGACUCGAAGCUCUUUGUUUGGAGCAGGCAGCUACAAUCAAGCAUCUGAAUUCUCUGGUUGAUGAGUAUACAAAAAAAAAGUCACAAAGCUCAAGUAGUGAACAGAAUCAGGUUGCUGUGAGCUUAACGGAUGGUGCUAUGGCAAUUAUGGAGCACAAAAAUGAAGAUCACCUGCUUUUGAACCACAACUCCAAGAACAACACUGAGGUCUUGAAGCAAAAAAGUCUAUUGAAAGAACUCCCGAAUGACCUAGAUUGUGAUAAUAAGACUUCUUUUGACAUGAUCGAGAGAGAAGCACUUCUUAUGGAAAUUCAAAGCUUAAAAAGCCAGUUGAAGUCCCAUAAAGAUGUGUCUACCUAUGAUUCUCUCCUCGAGCAGAUUAGAAAUGGUGGCACCCCUUUUCCUGACAAAGGAGGGGAUGAGCUUGAGAAGGAAAGACAAAGGUGGACAGAGUCAGAGAGCAGGUGGAUAUCUUUAACUGAAGAGUUGAGGCUUGAUCUUGAAUCCAACCGUAGGCUUGCAGAGAAGAAAGAAAUCGAGCUUAGUCUCGAAAAGAAAUGUACGGCAGAGUUGGAUGAUGCACUUCAUAGAGCUGUCCUUGGGCAUGCUAGGAUUGUUGAACACUAUGCCGAGCUGCAGGAGAAGUACAAUGAUUUGCUUCAGAGGCAUAGAAAAGUCAUGGAAGGACUAGCAGAGGUGAAGAAGGCAGCUACAAAAGCAGGACGGAAAUGUUCUGGUUCUGCUUUUGCUGCAGCUCUUGCUGCAGAGCUCUCCACCGUGAGAAUUGAUAGAGAAAAGGAGAGGGCAUAUCUAAAGGAACAAAACAGGAAACUAAGAAUUCAGCUCCGGGACACUGCAGAAGCUGUACAUGCAGCUGGGGAACUUCUAGUGCGGCUGAGAGAAGCGGAGGAAGCAGCUGCAGUGACUGAGGAGAAGUAUGGGAGAGCCCAGCAGGAGGUGGAGAAGCUGAAGAAGCAGAUGGAGAAGAUGAAGAGAAAGCAUACAAUGGAGAUGGCUACUAUGAAGCAUUACCUUGCAGAGAGCCGAUUACCAGAAUCUGCUUUGGAGCCCUUCUUCCGCCAUGAAUCUGAAAUCGAAGAACACCGACGAGCUCCACAGCCAGAUGACGACGAAGCAUGGAGAAAUGCAUUCAGACCUUCAUACCUGUAAAGCUCCGACUGCAAUUCCCGUGAAGUUGGGAUUCCACAGCUCUGUGAUUCAGUGCUAAAGAUGAGGUUGACCCGGGGAUCUGGCUCGGAUCCCAUUGUUUCCGAGAUGUGAGUUUGGCAUUGUUCUGUUUGGUAUCUUAUUGCAGGACGAUAUGUAGCAGAAUUUAGAAAGUUUUCAUCAUUUCUUAGUUCCUGAUGCUUGUAUUCCUCUUGUUGUAAUAAUGAAGAACUCAGGUUAAGCUUUUAUAAAUUGCA